CCUUCUUCGCCAUCCUUGUGUGCGCCGCUGGUCGUUUCUCGCCAUGUCUUCUCACAAGACUUUCAGGAUCAAGCGAUUCCUGGCCAAGAAACAAAAGCAGAAUCGUCCCAUUCCCCAGUGGAUUCGGAUGAAAACUGGUAAUAAAAUCAGAUACAACUCCAAGAGGCGGCAUUGGAGAAGAACGAAGCUGGGUCUGUAAGGGAUCGAACAUGAGAUGGCACACAUUUAUGCCGCCUGAAAGUCAUACGUUUCUAUUCCAUCACCUCCCUGCUGCCUGACCAGUAGAUGUGUUUUAUCAGGAAAUUGACUUUUCUCUGUUAUGAUGCUUCUUCUCCUGUAGGUUGGUUCAGUAAUAAAUCUG